AUGUACUAUCGUGUUAUUCCUCAUGAGCGUCGUUUACGAGAAGCAUUAAAUCAUAAUGAUCGGCGUCCAUUAUUAGGUUCAAAUUCAAGUCGAUCAACAUCUCCAAUUCCACCGACUUCUAAUUAUCAUUCCAUAAAUAUUUCUGAUGAACGUGGACAAUCAUUCUAUUCGCCUGUUCCAUCUAUGGAAGGUAGUGAUGCAGAGGAAACUAAUAUACAACCAGUACGAAAUAUUCGUUCGGAUUCUACUAUAUCACAAUCAAUGUUAGGAACACCAACAUCAGUUAUUGAAGAUUAUAAUGAUGAUGAAUAUGGAAAACAAGCAGAUGAAAUUAUUGAAAGAAUCUGGGGUAUAUAUCAAGAUAAUAAUUGUUGGAUACCGGAAUCUAAAAGUAGUGAUGGACUUGAUGUUAUUGCUGCGAAGAAUUUUCCAAAAUGGGGAAAAAUAUUUCGAUUAACUAGUACUAUUACAGGAUCUCGUGAGGAUCUAGUUGAAAUAUUAUUUGAACGUCAAGAAGAUAUGUCGAAAUGGAAUCCAACUGUGAAUGAUUGUAGAAUAUUAGAAGUUAUUAAUAAUGAUUUAUAUGUAUCUUAUCAAUUAAUUAAUGAACAAGCGCAAGGAAUAAUAGCGAAACGAGAUUUUGUAAAUUUAUCAAUACGUCGAUAUAUUGAUGGUAUUGCUAUAUUAGCUGGGCAAGCUUGUAAUUAUCCACCAAUGCCUGCAAAAGACAAUUGUGUUCGAGGUGAGAAUGGUCCAACUGCAUAUAUUGUCGAGAAAAUUGAUGAUACAACUUGUAAAUUUACAUGGUUAUUAAAUGUUGAUUUAAAAGGUUGGCUUCCUCAAUAUUUAAUUAAUAGUUCUCUUGCCAGUGCUCAAUUAACACUUAUUGAAUCACUUAGAAAUUAUUUAUCGAAAACAGUUGAUAUCACAUCAUCAUUUUCAUCAUCAACCGGUGAUUUAACAACAUAA